GCGGCGCUCGGAGCCUCGGCCGGCUUUUACCCCCACAAGACCCGCUUUUUCACACACACGCACCUCAAACAUGUUCCUCCGCUGCCUCCCCGUCGUUUUGUUCUUUGGUGCCGUCGUCCAAGGAAUGCCAACAACGAUGCCUUACACAUCUAACAUCACUACUGAUGGGCAAAUAACCCCUAUGAAUUCUACUCACAGUUCAACGAGCUCAAAUUUAAACAGCAACCAAACAUCUGGCAAUUUACCAGGGACUGAAGAAACUAUUACAGAGCAUGCAACAAGCGAAUCCACAACUAUGACAGCAGCCACUUUACUUAUAGUGACUAGCACAGCAUCCAGCACUACUGCAGACACAGUCAACAGCCGCCACACUGACUCUCCUUCAGUUUCAGACACUGGAACAACCACAUCCACAAACAAUGUCAUAAGUUCAAGCUCAUCAAUCACAUCGACAGAAGUCAUGACUUCAAGCUCACCAGUCACAUCCUCAGGCACCAGUGUAGAUUCAACUUCACCAAUGGAAUCCACAAACAGUGACAUGACUUCAGGCUCACCUAUCAUGACAACAAAUAGCAACAUGACUUCAAACUCACCAAUCACGUCGGCGAACAGCGACAUGACUUCAAACUCGGCAAUCACAUCGGCGAACAGCGACAUGACGUCAGGCUUACCAAUCACAUCGGCGAACAGCAACAUGACUUCAGGCUCACCAAUCAUGACAACAAACAGUGAUAUGACUUCAGGCUCACCAAUCACAUCAGAAAACAGCAACAUGACUUCAAACUUGCCAAUGUCAUCGGCGAACGGUGACAUGACUUCAGGCUCACCAAUCAUGACAACAAACAGUGAUAUGACUUCAGGCUCACCAAUCACAUCAGAAAACAGCAACAUGACUUCAAACUUGCCAAUGACAUCGGCGAACGGUGACAUGACUUCAAAUUUGCCAAUGACAUCAGUGAACAGCGACAUGACUUCAAAUUUGCCAAUGGCAUCGGCGAACAGCGACAUGACUUCAAACUCACCAAUAACUUCCGCGGACAGCAACAUGACUUCAAACUUGCCAAUGACAUCGGCGAACAGUGACAUGCCUUCAUACUCGGCAAUUACAUCGGCGAACAGCGACAUGACUUCAGGCUCACCAAUCACAUCGGCGAACAGCAACAUGACUUCAAACUCGCCAAUGACAUCGGGGAACAGCGACAUGACUUCAAAUUUGCCAAUGACAUCGGCGAACAGUGACAUGACUUCAGGCUCACCAAUCAUGACAACAAACAGUGAUAUGACUUCAGGCUCACCAAUCACAUCAGAAAACAGCAACAUGACUUCAAACUUGCCAAUGACAUCGGCGAACGGUGACAUGACUUCAAAUUUGCCAAUGACAUCAGUGAACAGCGACAUGACUUCAAAUUUGCCAAUGACAUCGGCGAACAGCAACAUGACUUCAAACUUGCCAAUGACAUCGGCGAACAGUGACAUGCCUUCAUACUCUGCAAUUACAUCGGCGAACAGCGACAUGACUUCAGGCUCACCAAUCACAUCGGCGAACAGCAACAUGACUUCAAACUCGCCAAUGACAUCAGUGAACAGCGACAUGACUUCAAAUUUGCCAAUGACAUCGGCGAACAGUGACAUGACUUCAUACUCAGCAAUUACAUUGGCGAACAGCGACAUGACUUCAAACUUGCCAAUGACAUCGGCGAACAGUGACAUGCCUUCAUACUCGGCAAUUACAUCGGCGAACAGCGACAUGACUUCAGGCUCACCAAUCACAUCGGCGAACAGCAACAUGACUUCAGGCUCACCAAUCACAUCAGAAAACAGCAACAUGACUUCAAACUUGCCAAUGACAUCGGCGAACAGUGACAUGACUUCAAACUUGCCAAUGACAUCGGCGAACAGCAACAUGACUUCAAACUUUCCAAUGACAUCGGCGAACAGCGACAUGACGUCAGGCUCACCAAUCAUGACAACAAACAGCGACAUUACUUCAGGCUCACCAAUCACAUCGGUAAACAGCAACAUGACUUCAGGCUCACCAAUCACAUCAGAAAACAGCAACAUGACAUCAAACUUGCCAAUGACAUCGGCCAACAGCGACAUGACUUCAAACUUGCCAAUGACAUCGGCGAACAGCGACAUGACUUCAGGCUCACCAAUCACAUCGGCGAACAGCGACAUGACCUCAGGCUCACCAAUCAUGACAACAAACAGUGACAUGACUUCAGGCUCAGCAAUCACAUCGGUAAACAGCAACAUGACUUCAGGCUCACCAAUCACAUCAGAAAACAGCGACAUUACUUCAAACUUGCCAAUGACAUCGGCAAACGGCGACAUGACUUCAAACUUGCCAAUGACAUCGGCGAACAGCGACAUGACUUCAAACUCACCAAUCACAUCGGCGAACAGUGACAUGACUUCAGGCUCACCAAUCACAUCAGAAAACAGCAACAUGACUUCAAACUCACCAAUCACAUCGGCAAACAGUGACAGGACUUCAAACUUGCCAAUGACAUCGGCGAACAGCAACAUGCCUUCAUACUCGGCAAUCACAUCGGCGAACAGCGACAUGACAUCAGGCUCACCAAUGACAUCGGCGAACAGCGACGUGACUUCAGGCUCACCAAUCACAUCAGAAAACAGCAACAUGACUUCAAAUUUGCCAAUGACAUCGGCGAACAGCGACAUGCCUUCAUACUCGGCAAUCACAUCGGCAAACAGUGACAUGACAUCAGGCUCACCAAUCACAUCAGAAAACAGCGACAUGACUUCCAACUCUCCAAUGACAUCGGCGAACAGCGACAUGACUUCAGACUCACCAAUCACAUCGGCGAACAGCGACUUGCCUUCAAACUCUCCAAUGACAUCGGCGAACAGCGACAUGACUUCAGACUCACCAAUCACAUCUGCAAAUAGCGACAUGACUUCAAACUCACCAAUUACAUCGGCGAACAGUGACAUGACUUCAGACUCACCAAUCACAUCUACAAAUAGCGACAUGACUUCAGACUCACCAUUCACAUCUGCAAAUAGCGACAUGACGUCAGGCUCACCAAUCACAUCUGCAAAUAGCGACACGACGUCAGUCUCACCAAUCAUGACAACAAAUAGUGAUGUGACUUCAAACUCGCCUAUCACAUCGGCUAACAGCGACAUGAGUUCAAGUUCACCAAUCUCAUCUACAGACAUCAUGACUACAAAUGUGCCAGUCACAUCGACAAACCACAACACAACUACAUUUACUGUGGCUACAAAUACCAUUAUACCAACCACAACUCCUUCAACCACUCAAAUCAGCAGCGAAACAGCUCAUACAAGUUCAACAACCACAGGAAGUUCCACUGUACUAACUACACCUGGAACAACAAACUCUGGUAACACAUCUGCAGAGACUCCUGCGUUGGCCACCACACCUUCUGCUUCCACCAUCACUCAAGACACAGUGCCGUCAGCUGAACCCCAAACCUCUUCACCCACCGCCACCUUGUCAGCAAGUUCCUCUGGGGGUAGAACCACACCCUCCACCUCCACUGGAAAUGUUGCCACCCCUAGUCUCUCUACAGUAACCUCAGGAGAAGCAACAGCUACAGCUGAAUCGACAACCACCUCACCCAGCAUUACCCUGACCUCCGUCACAACCCAGUUGCCCACCGGGACCGUCACCACGCUGCAACCAACAGAGAGUAUUAGCAAGUCAUCCACAGCAGCAUCAACUACACAGAGUCCAGUCAUGGUUUGUCCUGCCGUCCCAUGUCCUCUGGAAAGCGUCUGUCUCGACAGCAUCUGUCAGUGUCUCGCUGGCAGCUACAUGCAGAAUGGAAAUUGUAUACCUGCCCAAGUGUUUCCAGGCACGCUUCAUAUCACCUCCCGAGGAUUUGAUGAUCAAAUGAGCAACAGGUCCUCAGACAUAUUUCAGACUACAGCAGCGAUGAUCUCUGCAGAGCUCAGAGAGGUCCUCAAGAACGAGCCGGGGUACAUCAGAUCUGAGGUUGUUCAACUUCAACCUGGAAGCGUGAUAGCAACUGUGAAUAAUAUCUUUGAAAACACAGAGACAACCCAAGAGGCCGUAGAGAAGCUCAUUGGAAAGGCUAUAGAAACCUCGACGGGGGUUCUUGAGAGUUCAACAUUCACAAGUACAAACCUGUGUGAGCAGCAGCCAUUACCUUGUGAUGUCUCCACCACGAUGUGUGCGAAUACAACCGGCCGGGCUGUUUGCUCCUGUAAAGACGGCUAUGUCUCCAUCGUGUACUCAAACAUCACCUGCAAAGCCUGUCCAAGCGGCCAGAGGGCAGUGGGAGACUCGUGCCAACAAUGUCCGUUUGGGUACGCUGGCUUCAACUGCAACGACUCGGCCCUGCUGGCAGUGGUGAUCAUCUCCUGCGUCCUGGGAGCACUUCUACUCCUCUUUGUUGUGGCUUUGCUGGUUUACUUCUGCUGGAGGGGAUGCCCUGCGAGCAAGGACACCCAGAGCAGCGUCCCUUACCCUGAAGCCGCCUCCGACCAGCCCUGGCCCGCCGCCAUCACCCCCAUCCCUCGCGCCACCUCCACCUGGGAUCCCGCUCCUUCCAUGGAGAUGACAGAGGGGGGCAGCAACAACACGCUGGUGGAUAAGAAGCAUCAAGGCAACGGCUUGGGGGCUCAGCUGAAGCACAAAGGAUGGAAAAAGUCGGGAUCGUAUGAUCUCAACCCCGACGGAAUGAAGACCUUCAAAGGUAAAAAUACGUCCCGUUACUCAUAUCUGGUCCAGGGCCACGAGAACCCCUACUUCCUGCCAGGAGACGAGACGGCAAAAUGACGCAGGAAAAUCCAGGAAGAAACGAAAGAGAGGCGUCACAGACUCUGAGGCACAUUUCCGAGCAGGACUGGGCUAUGUAGAAACAAACUUUACUUUCUGGGAUUAAUGACGGAUCAUAAAGGGCAUGCUCUUAGCAAAAUUGUUACCAAAGAGAUUUAUUCAUGUUACUAGAAAUGUUGUUUUUUUUAAUGAAAAGUUGUGUAACUCGUGUCUGCGUUUAACAAACUCAAUCAGUAGAUGUCGCUGUUGCCCCUUAAAUUAGUCAAUACAGGUUUUUAAGUUCAUGUUAGAAUUUUGAUGUUUUUAUUUUACUUCAUUUUAUCUCACCUUUUAAAGAAAUUAUUUUGUAGUCUUUUAGAAAAGAGUCUUUAUUUGAUAAUUGCACUAAAAUGUGUGUUAAGUUUACUGACGGUUUCCUGAAAUCAAUGGUGACGUGAAUGUUGGCUUUCUGAAUCUAUAUUACAUAAGGGUGAUUAUUUCUUAAACAAACACAUUUUGGACGACUAAAGGGGCUGGAUCCCUGGUUCAGACUGUUUUUUGUUGUUUUUUUGUAAAGGGAUUUUGGUUGUCCGGUCCAAUGCUCAGCUUUUUUUGCAGCUGAACUUGCAAAAUGUGCCUGAGAAAUAGGAAACAUGAUGGAAAUCUUGUGAUGAAGCGUCUUUCUCAGAUGUGCCAUUUUCACUUGUAUACAUGACUUUUAAAGAUUCUAUAAAAAUAUAUUUAUCAUUGUGUGUUUGAGAUGGUGCAUUGUUUUAUAAGUGUGUGAUGUUUUUGUAAAUAGUUGAGGAGUGUGUAUGUAUGUAUGUAUGUGUGUGUUUGUGUGUGUGUGUG